ACCCGCAAAUUCCACUAUUGUUGCUAAUCGUUAUGGUGGUGAGCUUCUCAAACGCGCCGGCCACAGGCAUAACUGGUCGGAUUAUUUUGUGUCAAGUAGCUACCUACCUACAUCAGACUCCCCUCCUCCGAUCUAACUACAAAUGUUGUAUUCCAACGAUUUUCAACUAAACUGGAGUUUAUCGUAUUUCCUCUAUUUUGUCUGUGAAAGCUACCUACAGUAGCGAACGAGACUCCAUCUUGCAUGUGAUUUGGAGGGCGGCUAGCUAGCUAAACUAGUUUGUGUCAGACGUACUAUGGCGAAAGAUCUAAAAACGAUGUUCGUACGGUGUUGUGGGUAUUUGCAAGAUCCGCACCAUGUAGCAUCAUUUCAAAAGCUAUGUGGUGUCCAAGGCUCAUUCCCAGUCAAACUGAGCAGGAAAGAAUGGGAAAAUGAUUUUUUUGUUAACGGUGCCUGCGUGAAACGCCACCAGGACCAAAGUGGAAACGGCGAGGGACAUGUUGGCGGACAGCAAAUCGAAGGUCCUCUGCAAAGAAAAAGCGUAACUGCCGGAGAACAACAUAACGACUGUUCAAACAAGCUGCAACAUGGAACAGCUCUGGUGUCUGGGAUAGGGGAGACACCCGAACAGCAGACGGUUUCCCAUGAGGGAAACAGACAAAGUAGCGGCUGUAGAUUGACUGGGAAGUCGUCCAAAGCUGUUGAGAGUGACCGCGAGAAUGGGGACUCUAGUGGAAGGGUCAAACCUCUUCGCAGGAACUCACUGACUGGGGAUGUAGGCCAGGAGUUUAUUAUUCAGAAUAAAUUCCUAUUCUACCUUUUCACAUUCGGGUCCGAGCUUGGUAACGAGAUGUUCUUCAUUGUUUUCUUCCCCUUCCUAAUUUGGAAUGUAGAUGCUUUUGUCAGCCGGCGAAUCCUUGUGGUCUGGAUUUGGAAUCUUUUCCUCGGCCAAUCUACCAAAGACAUUGUCCGCUGGACGCGACCAGCAUCUCCGCCUGUGGUUAAAGUGGAGGUGUUUUACAACUCCGAGUACAGUAUGCCAUCAACGCAUGCCAUGUCCGGGACCGCCAUCCCGUUCUCUCUCUUCCUACUCACGUAUGGACGCUGGCAGUACCCUUUCCUGUUUGGCUUGAGUCUGGCCAUCUGCUGGAGUUUCCUCGUCUGUGUAAGCAGAGUCUACAUGGGCAUGCAUUCUGUCCUGGAGGUCAUCACUGGCUUUCUAUACAGCCUGCUGAUCCUGGCCGUCUUCCAAUCAACGUUGGACCAGAUUGACAGUUUCUACCUGACGAGCCACCAUGCACCGCUAGUCAUUGUCAUCCUGCACGUAGGCUUAGGCUUCCUGGCGUUCACCCUGGACACAUGGAGCACCUCACGGGGUGACACAGCGCAGGCUCUGGGCACUGGGGCCGGGGCUGCCCUGGCCUCCCACCUCAACCACCAGCUGGGCCUGCUGGCUGACCCACCACUUUCCUCCCUGCCCCUGGCACUGCCCCCCCUGAGUGCUGCCCUAUUGGCCCGCUCCCUGCUGCGCCUACUGCUUGGGGUGGUCGUCCUGCUUGCCACCCGGGCUGCAAUGAAAGCAGCCACCAUUCCGCUGGCCUGCCGGGUGUUUGGGCUGCCUGCUGGUGAUGUACGGCAGGCACGGCAGCACAUGGAAGUUGAGCUAUCUUACCGCUACAUCGUCUAUGGCACUGUGAGCUUCAGCUGCGUCUGUCUGGUUCCCCUCCUCUUCAGCUACCUGAACCUCUCCUGAACAGACUCGAUAAUCUGCUAAUCAGCCUCCACCCCUUGUGCUUAAACAGUACAUAUGUACAGCAGAGACAUGGCCACAUGCCUAUUAUAUUAUGGUGACCGGGAGACAAAAAAACAUAUGUCAACUCUAAACAUGUCCACCAACUUUUUUGGGAGGGGUUGUCUUUUUCAUCUCUGUCACCAGUUGUCAUGUUGUCAGUCUGUGCCGUUAAAAGUAAGCCCAGCUAGCACAUAACGUUCUGAGAACCAUAUGUUUCUUAGAGCUUGGUGAGAGUGUGGUUGUCUAAUGGUUAUUUUGCAUACAACCUUCCCACAAGUUUCUGGGAAUGGCGCAUGAUAGUUGCUUGGCUUUGAAACAUUCUCAGCACAUUUAAGAAACUUGAUGUCCUGAGAUAUUUCAUUACUAUAACAGAAAGUUUCCCAAAAGUUCAAACAUGGUUACAUUUAAAUUUUAGUAAAGUUUUAGGAACGUUCUCCAACUGGUUUGACAUUGGGUAUGUUCUCAAAUAGUUCAGAGAACGUUAAGAACGUUCUUCUGUAGGAAUUUCAGUACUUCAGCAUUACGUUUCCUCAUGGUUCUGUUUAAAGCAAUGUUCUCAAACUGUUCUAGAAUGUUAUUUAAAAAAUACAUUCCGUUCUCAGCGUGAACAGCAUCUUUUAAGUGUGUUCAGGUGUUGGCCGCGCCCUCUAAUUGGCCACACCUGAUCUUAAUGAGUGCUUGUUUCCUUUGAAAUGGGUUCAGUUUGAAUAGACUAAAAUGAACAGCGUUGUAUGAGUAAAAAAAAAACAUUGCAUGCUAGCUCCAUCCUGGUGGCGUAGUGGACUAAUUCAAUGGCUAGAAAACACAGAUCAUAGGUUUGAAUCUCAUUGACGCCAUGUCACAAAAAAUACAUGUGUUUGCAUGAUUUAAUGCCUACGCAAAUUAAUGUCCAUGUGUUCUUCCUGUGCUCAGAGUUCAAAACAGUUAAACUAAGCUGGCAGUGUUAUUAAAAGUCUUAUUGAAACAUGUUCUUAGAAUGUUAUUUAAGUUCAAAUCAGAAUGUUAAUAAAACCUCCUGGAAAAUCUUCAGGGAAUCGUAAUAAAAUGUUCUCAGAACCUCUCUUCUACCUAAAAAUGUAUGUUCUCGGAACAGGCAAAAAUGUUCACUUCUGUUCUCAGAAUGUUUAAGAAAUGUUGUUUUACUGGUCAGGAAAUGUAUGGCUUCAUUCCCAGAACCAAUAGGAAACCAAAAACGUGUGUUCCCACAGCUUCCAAUGAACCAAACGUGCUAGCUGGGAGGUGUUUGUUUUAUAUCAGCCAAAAUCCAUCUCCUCUUGAUUACGCUCUGCUCCCAACAGAAGACCCUUUAAUAGAAACAGAUACUGGCCCCAGUUCUUUUCAAAACAUUUAAGCCAGAUCAAAAUGAUCCUGUGUUCAAUUCUGCUCCCCGUUCAGAUGUCGUCCCUCAUUUUUGUAUGUAGUUUUAUGAAGAAACUGAAGCAAAUCUCUAACAUAUCACAUGUGCUACAACAAAGAUCAUGUUAUAUGAGCCCAUGAGAUUUGGGUCAACUUUUUAAAAAAAAUGUGUGUAUCUUUCUAAAAUUAAGGGGAACAAAGUUGAUUGUGGAAACAGGAAUGAGACAAAAUAUCCCCUGUGUUCCGUACAGGCCCUUAUCCUGCUCACUACAUCAAUAUUAUUUACCCUUGAAACAAUAAGCUGGACUCAAUUCCAACCCAACAAGUGCAGUUUGAUGUCAUUUCAGUUACCAUUUUCCCUUGAAUAUAUAUUUUUGUUCAUAGGAACAUACCACAAAAAUGUCACCUUACCAUUUGAGAGAGACCAUGCCCCUCCUGGAUGUUUUUUUCCCUCAGAAAUAUGUGAGAUUUGCAACUUGCAAGUGGAAGGAUAUUACACUCACUGUGAUCUCAAGGCAUGAUUAUUGGGGCAUUAAUCUGAUGUAAUUACAAUGGCUGUGUUUACACACAAGGCCUAAUAAGAUGUUUUUAUUUCAUAUUCAAUCCUUUUUGUUUGACUGUCCACAUUGCACAUACACAUUGACCCUGCCUUUUGAAAUAGCACACAGACACUGAUUAUUUAGUGUCACUGUUCCUUUCUAUCGUUUUUUUCCCCGUUUUUUUCUCAUGUCUUUAGCUAAACCUCUUUGGUCUUAUUUAUAAUGUAGACUACUGUAACAGUUUUGCGAUAUCUCUGACGGGCUGACAUGCUUGCAACCAAGAUCAGUGUUUGUUCCUAUCUUGACACUGAGAAUGACACAAAAGAGAGCAAAACAAUCUGAACGUCCAGACUCCGGUCACAUGCAGAGCAUUGGAAAUGUAUAGGAUUUUAGUACCACUGCAGAGCAUUGGACAUGUAUAGGAUUGUAGUAUCACAUACAAAUGUGGUACUAAAUUGGAACUCAAAAGAUCAGGGACCUUGUUUAUAAAACAUUCUUUUGCACGUAUUUGAUUGUACAUUUAGCUUACAAUGAAAUCCACAACAGAUUAUUUAAAAACCUUGAAAUGUGCGUACCUCUAAGUUAGCAACAGACCAUGCUUACAACUGUAUUCCAAGCAAGGUGUCAUUUCGCUCCUUUGGACAAAUGGAGGUGUAUGCCAUAGGGUAACUGUAAGGACGUUGAUCUAAGGAUUUGUGGUCUACGAAUAAAUAUUAUUAUUAUUAUUAUUAUGGUUCUAUUAAGAAGACAAACAGGAAAAUCAAAUUGUUGUCCACUUCAUGAAACAAUUUGGUGAGUUGGUGAAAGCACAGUAUGGGAAAAUGAUGUUUAUUUUUAUUGUAAUAGUAUUGCAAGAUAAUUCUUGUCUGUUCUUACGUGACAAGCUUAAAUCUGUAGGGCCAAAUGCAACCAAUAUUGGCCACCAUAUUACCACAAGGUGAUCUCUCGUUAAACCAUCAAUUCACACUAAGAUCACCCGCACAGGGAUCUCAAAUGCUUUCAACAUUCCUGAUCCCUUAAAGUCGAGCUACGAGCUCGGUCGGUGUGAUGUUAGUCUGCUUUCGCCCCAAAAUGGUUUCAUUUUUUUCUCGACAGGGUAUUAUUUGUGGUAUACACCUGUUCAUUGAGCAGACCAAUCGCAGAUGUACCUAUUUGACAAUAUUUCCUCGUUUUCCAUGCAAAAUCUACUGUUGCAAGUUACCCUACACAUUUUAUGAAUGGAAAACUCAUGUGUACAUACUUUAACAUCUCCAAUUCAUGUAAUUAUUUAACAACAAAUUGUCUUAAUACUGUAUGGGCAUUUCUUAUCAAGAGGAUGAAUUAAAAUAUACCAGAACUGUCCACCUCUAAAAUGUGUAAUUAAAUCAAGACAAUCACAAUUGAGUUAAUAUAAUCUGUUUUCAUUAAAUUGUUGUCAAAUAAAGUUGUCAGAUGACUUUUUAAAUUCUAA